AUGGCUGAUAACCAAAAGAUCCAUGACCAGUCCAACGAGAAGCGGUCUCAGUCGAGCGAGAGGACGGCCACCGGCGCCAACACGGCCAAUAUCGAACACGUCGACCGGCCACGCAAGAAGAGCUUUACCGAUGUCGACACCCAGCAUCUGAGUGCGGCAUUCGAGAACCCUCUCAGUGACAUCCCCAGAGAACAGUUACUGGCCGAGGUUGAAACGUUCUGCAGAGACCACAACCUCAUGGACCAUGUCGACACGUUCAAAAAGGGGGCACUGGUCGCACAGAACCCUCAUUCCCCAGAGUCCAUCAGUGAGCUGACGCCCGAGGACCACGAGGUUCUUCGUCGGGAGCAUACCCAUCGAUGGAAUCAGCCAUGGACACUGUACUGGCUUGUCGUCAUGUGCUCGCUUGCUGCUGCGGUCCAAGGCAUGGAUGAGACGGUCAACAACGGUGCCCAAGCACUGUAUCUCAAGCAGCUCAACAUUACCACAGAUCGUUUCUCAAAGGACAUGGUCGAUAACUUGACAGGACUUGUCGUUGGAGCUCCGUAUCUGUGCUGUGCAAUCCUCGGCUGCUGGUUGACCGAGCCUUGCAACAAAGUCUUUGCUCGUCGAGGCACAAUCUUCAUCUCCUGCUUCAUUGCUGCUGUCGCCUCCAUCUGGGAAGGAGUCGCAAAUUCCUGGGUCAAUCUGUUCCUGGCUCGAUUUUUUGUGUCAGGUCUGGGCAUUGGACCCAAAUCUUCCACCGUACCUGUGUAUUCUGCCGAAUGUGCACCGGCUCCUAUUCGAGGCGCACUGGUCAUGAUGUGGCAAAUGUGGACGGCUUUUGGCAUUAUGCUGGGCAAUAUCAUGGGCGUCGCUUUCGGUGGCCUUGAUCCCGAUCUUGGUUGGAGACUCAUGCUCGGUAGCACGGUCGUGCUUCCUCUCAUUGUGUGCGCUCAAGUGUAUUUCUGUCCUGAAAGUCCAAGAUGGUACAUCCAACACAGGCACCCUGAAAAGGCUUUCCGAUCCUUCCAGCGUUUGAGACACAGCGACCUUCAGGCCGCUCGAGACACCUAUUACACGUAUGUCGGCGUCGAGUUGGAACGAAAGGCCAACCGAGGCAAGAACUUGUUCACUCAAUUCAUUGAGUUGUUCACCGUACCCCGCAACCGACGAGCCACUUUGGCAAGCUGGAUUGUCAUGUUUGGGCAACAAUUCUGUGGCGUGAACGUUAUUGCCUACUAUAGUACCACUAUCUUUAUCGAGUCCGGAUACUCAACAAACUCUGCUUUAUUGGCGUCAAUGGGUACCGGCAUCUUGAACUGGGUCUUUGCUAUCCCCGCUGUCUUCACCAUCGACAAAUGGGGGCGUAGAAACUUGUUGCUAUUUACCUUCCCUUUCCUUGCCAUCUUUCUGCUGUGGACCGGCUUUAGCUUCUGGUUCCAGGCGCCAAAGACCAAAGUCGGUAUGGUCACUACUGGAAUGUACCUGUUUGAGGUCUUUUAUUCUCCUGGCGAAGGACCAGUCCCGUUUACCUAUUCGGCCGAGGCCUUCCCGGUCCACGUGCGUGAUGUCGGCAUGUCGUGGGCAACGGCAACAACUUGGUGUUUCAACUUCAUCUUGAGUUUCUCGUGGCCACAUCUGUUGACUGCGUUCAAGCCACAAGGCGCGUUUGGGUGGUAUGGUGCAUGGUGCAUCAUCUUGUGGUUCUUGAUAUUACUUUUUGUCCCUGAGACCAAGGCACUUACACUGGAAGAACUCGAUCAAGUGUUCGGUGUCAGCACGCGUAAGCACAUGAGUUACCAGUUGAAGAAUGCAGUCUGGCACUUCAGGACGUGGGUUUUGAGGCAGAAGCUUGAACCCAUGCCAGAGUUCUACCAACGAGCAGAGAAGCUCAAUGAAGCAUAA